CGCUGGAGGCCCUCUCGCCGCGGUGCUCCCUGGGACGGUGGAGGCCCUCUCGCCGUGGUGCUCUCUGGGACGGUGGAGCAGUGUUAAGAGCUGAAGCGUGUGGUGCUGUGAGACUCAAUCAUGUCGAUCGGAGUUCCCAUCAAAGUGCUGCAUGAGGCGGAGGGCCAUGUGGUGACCUGCGAGACCAACACAGGGGAGGUUUACCGGGGAAAACUAAUAGAGGCCGAGGACAACAUGAACUGUCAGAUGUCAAACAUCACUGUCACCUACCGUGAUGGACGUGUGGCUCAACUAGAGCAGGUCUACAUCCGUGGCAGCAAGAUUCGCUUCCUGAUCUUACCAGACAUGCUGAAAAAUGCCCCCAUGUUAAAGAGCAUGAAGAACAAGAACCAGGGAACGGGGGCUGGCCGAGGGAAAGCUGCAAUCCUCAAAGCUCAAGUGGCUGCCCGAGGGAGAGGCCGUGGGAUGGGCCGUGGAAACAUCUUCCAGAAGAGGAGGUGAGGCAGUUCCUGCCUUUUCCAUCACCCAGCAGAAGUUCCAGAAUUGCUUUGUGUAUUUGUUAUUUUAUAAUUCUGUAGAAUGACGUGAAGUCCAAUUUAAGGUUUGUGGUAAAUAAACACUUUCUUUUCCAUAA